AUGUCAUUGCGAGGACAGAGGUUUGAGCUCGACCUUGGUGCUGAAGAGUUCACCCCCAAGCCGUUGAGCGCACAUGCAGCCGAGGUCGCCUCAGAUUUCUCAGAUUUCAGCUUGGUAGGAGAAAUCAAGGAACGUACCCCGGCAGCUGCGCCAACUGCUCCCAAGCCCCGGGAUUCUAAUACUGGCUUCCCAGCGCACAAGAAGAGAUCAACCAUAUCAGCCUUCAAACAGCAGCGAGGCUCUCAAAAUGUGCAGUCCAAUAGACCAGGAAGGUUGCAGAAUCCGCCUUCGGACAGAGCGAUAGCGCAUCAUAUCAGCAAGAAAUAUGGCUACAGUAUUGAUGCAAAGGAGAGGCAGGAGAUCAAUGAAGAGAACAAGCAGCGCAUAGCAGAAAUGUCACCAGAGGACAUUGAGGAAGCCAGAGCGGAACUGAUGUCCAGCCUCAAUCCGGCGCUCAUCGAUCGACUACUCAAGCGAGCCAACAUCGACGAGAAAUGCGAAGAGCAGAAUCACUGUACUCUACACACGAUGGACAGCGAAUCGCCUCCCACCUCCAAAAGCCUGGAACCAGAAACGCCAAACCAACCCCAACCGCCAGAUCCCCCUUCCCAAUCCGACCACCACCUCGUCCCGCCAAUCCACUUCCCACAACCCCCAAUCGACCCCGCAACCUUCACCCCGCUCGACCCAUCCUCUCCAUCCUUCCUCGAAGACCUGAAAACCCAUUAUUUCCCCUCUACACCCCACGACCCCUCUUCGAUGGCCUGGCUGACCGACCCCUCCGCAGAAGAAAACCAAGAAUCCCCCUACAACCCGGACAGAGACAACUACCAGAUCUCCCAGCUCCGAUUCUCCUUCACCGGCGCGCUGAUCCCUCCCACCGAGUCCCUCAACAUACCCGUCGACCAAGGUCUGCAUCACCACGGCCUCGCCCCUGCCAGCGCAGGCUACACCGUCCCCGAGCUAGCCAUCCUGGCGAGGUCGACGAUGCCGAGCCAACGAUGCGUGGCAUAUCAGAUCCUGGGAAGGAUGAUGUAUCGGCUGGGUCGGGGACAAUUUGGGGUCAAGGGCGGUGAGCUGUAUGAAGGGUUGUGGGGCGUCGUUGAGAAGGAGAGGGUGGUGGAGAUGAUGAUGGCCGAGGCGAACAGGAGUGCGGGUCACGCCAGCGCGAAGGCUUAUGCCGUCGAAACGCUGUGGCUCUGGCGGAAAGGUUGUGGUGGGGAGAGGGGUUUGUUGAAGGAGGCUGGAACAAGAGCGAAAUGA